AUGGCUGGCUCCAAGUAUGAGUCUCGCUCGAGUUACCAUAAAGGCGGUACCAGCGCCUCGAGCACAUACAAUCACGAUGGAAGCGUCUCCAUUGCUCCCUCCGAGACGCCUAGUCAACUCGACCAAACUACUACUGCUGGCGCCUCUCGAAUGACGAGAUCGGAAUACAUCGCCCAGCACAGAAGGUUGAAACAGGCACGUCGUGAACAAGAGGAGCUGGACAAGGACCCAACGUUCAAACCUGAUCGAUCUGCACUCUCGUCGGGGAUUCCUAUGGCGACCUUGAAGCAAGCACCGCGUCUAUACGCGAAAGCCAAGACCGAGGAUGCGGAAGCCGUACGCGAGAAGCUUGAAAGGGGCGGGUGGACCAUUAUGACUACAGACAACGAAGCGGAGGAUGGCUACACGACGUUCUCGUAUGUGGAUACACCAUUCCUCAUAGACUGA